AUGCAAAUUAUAAGUAUUUCGGAGGAAAAGAAAAUGUACAACACUGCACAGGACGUGCAAGAGCUUGCGGAAAACAUAAAAAAAUCAGCCGAGACCCUCAAAGGGAUAGACCUCAGUGAAAACUCGUUCUCUCCGGAGGCGCUGCUUCCCGUGCUGGCGGAGCUAGGCAAGGUGGAGGGCCUUGAGAUAGUUGUUUUUAGAGGAAUAUUCACGCAGAGGGUAAAGGAGCAAGUGUACCCCAGCCUCCGGGACAUUGUAAAAUAUAUUUCGCCGCUAAAGAAGGUGUCGUACUUUGACAUCUCGGACAACGCGCUGUCGAUGAACGGCAUGGAGAUACUGGUUCCUUUGAUAGAGAGCAUGCACGCGCUGAAGCAUCUUGUUAUGAACAACAACGGCAUUGGGAUAGACGGGGGAGAGUUUCUUGCAAAGGCGCUUGAGAAGCUUUCUGCGCAAAGCACUGCGCUGGAGUCUCUGGAGGUUGGGAGAAACCGGCUGGAGGACUCUGCAACCAAGCUUGGAAAGGCGCUUGCAAUGUUUCCGUACUUUGACGUGCUUAAGAUAUACCAAAACAGCAUCAGCAGCAUAAACAUAGGAGACUUGCUGAGCUCGCUGGAAAACCAGAGCAUGCGGGUUCUGGACAUAUCCGACAACUUCCUGCUGGAGCACGGAUCCACGGUCCUUUCCGGCGUCGUUGCAAGCUGGCCAAUAGAGUAUCUAAACAUAUCAGACUGCAUGAUGUCGGACAAGGGGAUAGAGGUUUUUGCGCGGUCCAUUCCCUCUUCGGUUGCUUUGCAGGGCGAGCUUGUGUCGGAGAAGGAGAUAGACAUGUCAUACAACGAUAUAACUGAGGGCGCGAUCGAGCACAUAAGGGCGGUGUUGCAGAAGAUGCAUUCAACAAGGCUUGUUCUCACAGGGAACGAGCUGGCAAAGGAGGCUGUGGAGUCUCUGUGCAAGGACGCCGAGGAGACCACGUGCGAGAUACACUUCGAGGAGGAGGAGGACGACGACCUCGUGUUUUCGUCAGAAGAGAAAGAGGAAAGCGCAGACACCCAGAAUGACCAGGUAAUAAAGAAGAUUGAGGAGCAGAUUGCCGAGCUGGCCAUACAAAGGGACGAAAAUGGGCUGCACAGCGAGUAG